AUGGUGGUGGUGGCGACUGCAAGCCCCGGCGGGCCGGAGGCGCUGCAGGUGCACGAGGUCGAGGAUCUCUCGGCGUCGGGGGAGGGCAAGCUGCUUGUCGGGGUGUCCACUGUCGGCGUCAAUCGCGGUGACACAGUCCAGCGGCAGGGCCGAUACCUGCCGCCGGCUGGCGCCUCGCCCUACCUGGGGCUUGAGUGCUCCAGCACCAUCGUCGCGCUCGGGGCCAACACCCCCCGUGCUGGGCUAUCGGUACCAGGUGCCAAGCGUGCCCCCAUGGUGUACGCGCUGCUUACCGGCGACGGGUAUGCGGAGAAGGUUGUGGUUCCGGCGGGGCAGCUUCUACCGAUGACAGAGGGGGGGGGGUCGCUGACUGACAGCCGCCAGCUUGCCCGAGAUGGCCUGCACCGUCUGGUCCACCGUCUUCAUGCUAGUCACCUCUCCCCCGGUGAAUCCUUCCUUAUCCAUGGUGGAUCUAGUGGAAUCAGUACAUUCACUAUACAGAAUGCAAAGCACCUUGGAAAUGUACACAUGAGACAUCAUUCUUUAUGCACUCUAAAAAAAUCCUACAUUUACUUUCUCGUAGAAUUGCAUUUUUUUGGUUAUAAAAAUAGGCUGAGCAGCAACUUUCUUGAUUCAGAUUCAGAUGGAAUUUCCGACAUAAAAGACACAUAUUUUGUUAAUCAGGUGCUAAAGGAAUCUAGCUUCAUGUAA